CAUUUACUAAGAUUUUUUCAGUGGAGGAUCCUGAGAUGUUACGUCCAGUGGCUUUGUUUCAUUUUCCCACAUUUGUGCACUUUCACAGAUAUUAAACAGUUAAUAAACCACCGACAUUACACAUUUAAACUUGAAAAAACACUAAAUAGACAAAAUAAACCAAAUCACACAAUUUCACUCAUCGCGUUCCCGGCAAAUGUCCCUAUAAAAAAUAAAACAAAACUACUAGUUCUACCAUAGAUUAUACACAUAAUUUAAUAUUUUUAGUCCUAAAUUCUAAAUUUUAUUACUGUUUACAAGCACUGUGUUGGUGUGACCCAUUUUUCUAAAUUAAUUUAUUUUUGUAAUUUGUGAUGUUUUCACUAUUGUAUCAAACAGAUAUAACAACAGAAACAUGAACGAUAAAAUAUAUUCAAGAAUGCUUUUACGUCGUAGAUUCUGGAAACGGAUAGGAUUCAUGACAAUUGUUUUUGUUAUUUCUUUUUACAUCUCUCUUUUAUUAUUCGGUGAUUUUAAAACACCUAGAGUCAUGUAUUUAACCGAGUUAGACCGCUGCCCUGCUUGCUACGGCGUCAACGUUUGUCCAGCUUUAUAUUCAAAUCAAAUAACAUUAGAAUCUCAUACAUGGUCUAGUAUAUUCAACGUUAAAAACAUUUACUACGGGUACACAAAAACAAAAAGAAGAAUCGUUUUAAAGAAAUUGGCUCACAGUUCGGAACUAAAAGACUUCGAUAGUAAACUAUGUAGCUAUUGGAAUUUAAAAAAAACCUGUAAGCCCAUGAAUUUGCUGAAUGUUUCCAAUUUGGAUGAGAAAAUUAUUAAUUUAGUCGAAUAUAACUUGACUACGCCUGUAAUGGAGCCUAGGAAGGGCCUAAUAGUAUGCCCAUAUCCAUAUAGUAUUUAUGAUUUAGUCAACCCAGCUAUAGCAGAAAGGAAUGGAAAUUACAAUUCAGAAAUGUUAAAUGUUUGGACUAUGUUAAAAAUCAAUCCAGAGCCCAUUAUAUUGCAGACACUAUCAAAAUCUCAAGGUUGGCCUGUGCCUGCAUAUGGAGGAGUCUGUGGUAGGCUGGAAGUAGUGGGUUAUGAAGGGGAGCCACUGUCAGACUUGCUACACAUAGCAUGGCAUCGGAAACUAAAGCAUGCAAGAAAGAUCCUUGAUGCUGCUAUGGAUUUUACAUUUAAACACGAUAGGUUCCGUUUCUACAUAAUGGACUGGUCAACCGACAAUAUAGUGGCAAACGAAAGAGAUGAAGUGACAUUUGUUGAUUUAGAAGACGUCAUUAUACUAGACAAACACAUAUCACCUAAAAAGGACCUGCCGCACUGGUAUCAGCGUUAUAUACAUGAUAUAGACGGUCCAGGUUUUGUGUUUUCAAUCGAGAAUAUGUGUAAACAUCAUCUGAGCGACCAUAAUAUAUGGGCAGCCUGUUACGUUUUAGCCGGUGAAGAAGCGUAUUUGUACCCUAUUCCCUCACAAGUUAAUGCUUCACGGCCUCAUUUAGACAAGCUAUUGAAUAAGUGUCUGAAUGGCGAUGAUCGUUUCAGCACUGUGACUAAGCUGCAGCAUGUUAUUGAUGAUCUUUUGAAUGAUGUGAAAUUAUUUAAUUAUGGCAUUAGAUGAGUUUUAUUAUUUUCCAAAUUAAUGAUAACGUAUGUACGUUGUCUUAUGGGUCAAGAACAUCAAAUUGGUAGUAAUUAGGUACCAGUAAAUAAUAACAAUAUUUAGGUACCUUGAUGUAAUGAAAUUGUUGUUACUAAUUAAAAUGAAAAAUAUAUAAAUUUGAAAAUGUAUUUUAUGUAGGUAUGUGUGGUACUGGCGCCAUACACGUACUUUGGUGUACUGUGAUUUUGUUUUUCUUGACAGAUCAGACAGAGACUAAGUUUUUGUAAUCUGAUUCAAAUUUUGAUGAUUUUACAUUUCAUUGAAAUCCUGGAAGAUAUAUGAUUUUAAUGUAGGUACCUAACAAAACAAUCUAAAAAGUCAUUUUGAGAUUCACGAACAUAGGUCAUAAUUACUUCACGAAAUUAAAAGGUUAAAUAAAGAUGCAUUUUUUUCUUUCUCCAUCAAAUUGAUUGCGGGUGUUCGAAAUAAGUAUUAUUACCUACUUUUCAGAUUGUUUUUAGCUGUUGUCCGUUUGAGUUUUUAAAAUGAGAACUGUACAAAUCCAAUUUUUUAAAUAGUCAUGUUUAAAAAGGGUACAAAUCAAUAAUAAAAAAUAAAACUUUCAGAAUGUA